GUGGAAGUGAAACUUAGAAAGAAGCAAAAAUAUGGCAAGGCACAGGUGUUUGUUCAAAUGCUUUCUACUGUCGUUUUUCAUUGUUUUCUUGACACUAGCAAUCAUAGGCUUUCAGUAUGUGAGUAAUGAUGUCACUUACGUUGAAGCUGAUGACACCGGAGCUGUUGACGGGUUUGCUGACUGGGAAGUUGGGGAUCACCACAAGUCUAUAGAUGCUCCUGAUGGUGAAGAGAAGGCAACAAAAGAAGACAUUCAACAUCCCAUAAUUCUCUGGUGGACGCCUUUCACUGGUGAUCCAGGUUCAACCAAAAAGUGUGGCACAAAUGAAUGUUAUUUCACUGUUGAUAGACAUUACAGGCAUCAUAAGAAUACAAAGGUGUUUAUGUUCUAUGGAACAGACAUUAAAUUUGAUGAUCUCCCUCUGCCUCGCCUACCUCACCAUGAAUGGGCACUUCUUCAUGAAGAAUCUCCUAAAAAUGUUUACGCCUACUCCCACGAAGAGACAAUGAGCCUGUUCAACCAUACUUCAACAUUUAAACGCGAAUCAGACAUGAGUAUUGCAACUCAGUAUUUGGAAAGUGUCGAACUUUUAGAAAAGACUUUUGUACAAGAACCAACAGUGAAGAAGAAUAAAUAUCAAACUGAAGAAGGGUUAGCACUUGUCAAUUACGUACAUACUGACUGUGGGACUCCAUCAGAUAGGGACCAUCUUAUUGAGAUGAUGCAGAAAUACAUAAAGGUGGACUCUUAUGGUAAAUGUGUACAUAACAAGGACCUGCCUGAACAUCUUAGAGAUGCGCUGAAAGGUAUGGACCACAUGGAUUUUUACAAGCUCCAAGCUAAAUACAAGUUCACCAUGGCAGCAGAAAAUGCAAUUUGUGAUGACUAUAUGACAGAGAAAUUGUGGCGCCCUCUAUUUGUGGGGAGCGUUCCCAUUAUAGUUGGGUCACCUAAAGUACGGGACUUUCUCCCAGAUAACCAUUCAGCUAUUAUCGUGGAUGAUUUCAAAACAGUUAAAGAUCUCACAAACUAUUUAAUGUAUCUCAACGAAAAUGACGAGGAAUAUGAUAAAUAUCUCGAGUUUAAAAGAACGGGUGUAAAAAAUAAAUACCUAAAGGAUUUUAUGAGUAAAAGGGAAUGGGGAAUUAAUAACGAUUGGAAAAAACCAAAUUUUAUUGACUCAUUUGAAUGUGUUGUGUGCAAUAGACUCCAUGAAAAUAUAAAACGUGAAAAACAGGGUCUUCCGAUCAAAAAACAUAUUGUAAAUGCAAACCAUUAUGGGUGCCCCAAACCGAAGAAGUAUCCAGAAGGGGGGAGUUUGGUUCGUGUGGAGGACGAAUGGCACUCUCAAGAAUGGGUUAAUUCGCUCUAUGAUAUAAAAGCUGUUCGGGAAUUUAUGGAUGCCGGGAAGACAAAGUUCUCGCAGGAAGAAAUAUCAAAGAGAGCAAUUGAAUUGAUGCGAAAGGCAGAUAACCGUUCGGCUAUUAUUGUGGAUGAUUUCAAAACAGUCAAAGAUCUCACAAACUAUUUAACAUUUCUCAAUGAAAAUGACGAAGAAUAUGAUAAAUAUCUUGAGUUUAAAAGAACCGGUGUGAAAAAUGAAUACCUGAAGUAUAUUAUGUCUAAAAGAGAAUGGGAAGUUAGCGAGGAUGUGAAUAAGCCUAGUUACUUUGACGCAUUUGAAUGUUUUGUAUGUAAUAGGCUACAUGAAAAUAUAAAACGUGAAAAACAAAGUCUUCAGAUUGAAAAACAUAUUGCGAAUGAGAACCAUUAUGGGUGCCCAAAACCAAAAAAAUAUCCUGAAGCAGGGGGCAGUUUGGUUCAGGUUAACGAUGAGUGGCACGCCCAAGAAUGGGUUCAUUCACUAUAUAGAAUAAAAGCUGUUAGGGAAUUUAUGGAUGCUGGGAAGACAAAGUUCUUAGAAGAAGACAUAACGAGAAGAGCUAUGGAAUUGAUGAAAGAAGCGGGAGUGUACACUUUAUAUGCAUAA